GGCAGCCAUGAUGCAGGAAGGACUGGACGACGGACCCGACUUCCUCUCCGAGGAGGACCGGGGGCAGCGGGCAGUGAACGUGGAUCUGCAGACGGACGCCACGCUGCAGGUGGACAUCUCCGACGCCCUGAGUGAGAGAGACAAGGUCAAGUUCACCGUCCACACCAAGAGCACGCUCCCUAACUUCAAGCAGAACGAGUUCUCCGUGGUCCGACAGCACGAGGAGUUCAUCUGGCUGCACGACUCGUUUGUGGAGAAUGAAGACUACGCAGGAUACAUCAUCCCCCCUGCCCCCCCCAGACCGGACUUUGAUGCGUCCAGAGAGAAGCUGCAGAAGCUGGGGGAGGGAGAAGGAUCCAUGACCAAGGAGGAGUUCACCAGGAUGAAGCAGGAGCUGGAGGCAGAGUACCUGGCCAUCUUCAAGAAGACAGUCGCCAUGCACGAGGUCUUCCUGUGUCGUGUGGCCGCUCAUCCUGUCCUCAGGAAGGACCUCAACUUCCACGUCUUCCUGGAGUACAACCAGGAUCUGAGUGUUCGAGGGAAGAACAAGAAGGAGAAACUGGAGGAUUUCUUUAAGAACGUGGUGAAAUCAGCUGAUGGCGUCCUGGUGGCCGGGGUCAAGGACGUUGAUGAUUUCUUCGAGCACGAGAAGACGUUUCUGUUAGAAUAUCACAACCGAGUGAAAGACGCUUCGGCCAAAUCCGACCGAAUGAUUCGCUCGCACAAAAACGCUGCCGAUGACAUCAACAGAAUCGCCUCGUCUCUCUACACAUUAGGAACGCAGGACUCCACCGACCUGUGCAAGUUCUUUUUGAAAGUCUCAGAGCUGUUUGAGAAAACGAGGAAAAUUGAAGCUCGAGUCGCAGCGGAUGAAGACCUGAAGCUCGCCGACCUCCUGAAGUAUUACCUGAGAGAGUCGCAGGCUGCGAAGGACCUGUUGUACCGGAGGAGCCGGGCGCUGGUCGACUACGAGAACGCUAACAAGGCUCUGGACAAAGCACGAGCCAAGAACAGAGACGUCCUGCAGACCGAGACCAGCCAGCAGCUCUGCUGCCACAAGUUUGAGAAGAUCUCUGAGUCGGCCAAGCAAGAGCUCGUAGACUUUAAGACGAGACGAGUGGCGGCGUUCAGGAAGAACCUGGUGGAGCUGGCCGAGCUGGAGCUCAAACACGCCAAGGGGAACCUCCAGUUGGUGCAGAGCUGCCUGGGGAUCCUGAAAGGUAACACCUAACUGUACGACCCCGGACCCCCAAUCACACCCCCCAUCGCCCCGCCCCUCCCAUCACCAACUGUGGGGCGGAGCCUGGACGAAGGGACGGACACCGCUGAGAACUCUGGACCAGAGAGAGAGAGAGAGAGAGAGAGAGAGAGA